AGAGAGAGGCAGAGGAGUACAGAGACACACAGACACAGAGAGGACGGGUGGUGAUUAAGUCCUGCAGGUCAGAAACUCGGACAAGCUGCAACACUCUAAUCUGGAUCAAACACAAGACAAGAGGGGAUGAAGAUCCACAUCAGGGACCUGGCAGAGCCCUGCAGUGAGGGGAUGGAGUCCAGCAGCAGGGACCUUAAAGAGUUCAGCAGCUGUCCACAGCCUGGUCCCUGUAAGCCCCCUAACAGCCUGAGGGUCUGGAUCGACUGCAGCUCCUUUAUGGUUGACCGCGGUGUCCUGUCUGAGAACUGUGAGUACUUCAGAGCUCUGUUCCAGUCGGGGAUGAGGGAAAGUCUUCAGGAUGAGAUCCAGCUGAGAUGUGUGGGGGUUCUGGGCUUCUUGGUUCUGCUGCAGGUCCUGAAUGGGGAGAGACCCAUGCUGGACAGUGACCAGAUUGUAGAAGCCAUCGAGUGCACGGCCUUCCUGCAGGUCCCAGCUUUGACUAAACACCUGAUCAACAUCAUCAACUCUGAGAACUGCCUGCUCAUGUACCACACAGCUGCCACCUUCGGGGUGUGGGAUCUGUCCCACAGCUCGGCUCUGUUCAUCAGAGACCUGUACCCUGACCUGCAGGAGGAUGUCCUUACAUUACCCCAGACCUUAGUGGACUACAUCAAGUCCCUGCAGCCCAGUUGCUACAUGGCUGUGUGCAGCCACUCGCCCUCCAGUGAGCUGCUGCAGGACCCCCAGAGGACCAUCUGCUACUUGGAUGAAACCAGCAGGGACUGGAAGGUCCUGACUCACCUACCCAUGUGCACCAGCACAACCAUGGCAGGUGUGGCUGUCCUGGACAACAAACUUUACAUCGUAGGAGGAGUGUAUGAUGUGAGUAAGAAGGUAGUGGAGGGCGGUUUCUGUUACUGCCCUGCAGCUAACACCUGGACCACCAUCUGUGGCCCCCAGCAGCUACGCUACAACUUCACUCUGAUCGGCCAUGAGGGCUGUCUCUAUGCUUUGGGGGGUGAGUCCAACAUGAAGCCCCUGUCCUCUGUGGAGAUGUUCAGGGUGUCAAACCAAAGCUGGAGCUCUGUGUCCCCUCUACCGGUUUCUUCAGCCUCAGUGGUCUCUGCAGUGACCAUGAACAGGAUCUUUAUCUGUCUUUGGAGAGGUAAGGGGGCCACAGAGAUUCAUGAGUACUUACCUGAACAGGACAAGUGGAUCCUGGUCUCCACACUCAUUCGCCAGCAUAGUUACGGUCUCUGUAUGGUGGCUCAUGGGGACAAUCUGUUCGUGAUGCGUAAUGGACCCUGUGAGGACUUCUUACAGUGUGCGAUGGAAAGAUACAACCUGAGCUCCGGUCAGUGGACGCCCAUGUUGGGUCUCUACGGGAACAGUAAGAGCUCUCUGUUCACGGCAGUGGUGCGAGGAGAUUCGGUGUUCACGCUGAGCAGACAAGCAACCGCAGAGUUCACAGUGGAGGAACAAACAUGGAGGCUGAAGCGUCAGAUGGAAGGUUUUGGAAGGAUUGGAUCCAUUUAUACGUUUCUGAUGAGGCUGCCAAAAACCAGGGUCCUCCUCACAGGGAAGUCUGUGGAUCAGAUUCAGAACAAGAACCUCAGAGACCUCAGACGGUGUUCCAGACUCCCUUCAGAGUGCCCUGAUCAUCUGUAAGGGUGGCUAACUCACCUUAUUAUUUUUAUUAUUGUUGUGUUUCAAACAGGGUUCAUAAAGCUGUAUCUGGACCAAAAUCAGACUAUGCUUUGUUGUUGUUUGCAAAAACUUUAUUUCCUGAAUUUCAAGUUAUUCAAACAUUUGUGCCAAGUACUCAAACUACAGUACCGAAAAUAGACUCUUCACCACCACCACCAAGGUGAGCAGUUCGGGUCCUGGUGGUGGCUGUUAUUUCCGUCGUGAAUAGUUAUUUCUCAAAGUAAAACUCUCUGGUUUAUAACUUGGGUUGUGUUAUUGGUGACAAAAGAUUCUGUUACUUUUGAAAAUAAAAAACAAAAUGGACGACCCACAUGCAGAAUUCAAAAACUUUCAUUUAACAAAAGACUUAAAGGUGGGAUAGGCAGGAUUCUGUUAAUGAAGCAUCUAUUUUGUGGUGUAUAUACAAAAAAGCUUUUAAUAUUAGUCAGUAGCUAUUAGUUAUUGAUGACUUUUGGGAAUAUCACAAUAUCGCUGUGUUUUGUUAUGCCUGUGUAGUCAACAUUUUAAAAUUUUUGGGUGGCCUGCUCUUUCUAACUGUAAACAAAGCCAUUCUCCACCUCCCCGACCUGAUUGGUUGUGAGGCGGAUGCUGCUCCCUUGUGUUGUGAGGCACGCUGCCAACACAAGCAAGAAAACAAAGUAAAUGAAGUAAAUACCAGAGACUCUGGCAGAAUAGCUGGUGCUUAAAAAGGAGAUAGAUUGGACAAGACCUAAAAAAGCCAAGUCAACAUUAGCAUAAACAACGGGGGAGGCUUAGGGAUCUCACAGACCCUGUGACCUUUCUGCUGGACAGGUAAACCGCUUUAACAAAGUAAGCCAAGUGUCUGUAACAAAAGUGUUGCUUGUCAAAUGGGACCUGCUGCGUGUCGUAGCGCCGCUUAUCUGUUUAGCUCGGGUUCUGGACUAUGUCACUUUAUCCUAGUUGUAGAAGUUCUGCAAACAUUGUGUUUGCUGGUAGUCUGUUGGCAUCUACAGUAGCACCAAUGCUGUUUACUUUCACGUUGACUGGGCCCCAUCUGUAAUUAUCUGAAGUAUUUAUCUGCAUUAUAUCUGAAUUAAAUUGGAAUGAGCAGGAGCGUCUGUUUGUGGGCGGGGCUUGCUGGAGCAGAGAGCUGGUUUGGAGGGGUAGUGUUUACAUUCAAGAUUUCCCCCAAAAACUAGCACUUCCUCAGAUCCUGCCUGCCCCACCUUUAACUUGCAACAACAAAAACUUACUUUGGGUAGGAAAUGUCCAACUGAAAAAUCCCAACACACCAGGAGCAAGCAAUCCAAACGAAACAAAAAGGCAGGGAAAACACAAGGUAGAGUUUCACAGCAUGAACACAUGGGCAGCAAAGACAAUGAACCAACAAGGAAGGAGGGGAAGACAGGGACUGUAUAUAUAUACACUCUGGGAAACGAGCAACAGGUGAGGCUAACGAGACAGGUGAAACUCAUGAGUGAUUAACGAAGGAGGGAAAACUAAGGAAGUAAAACCAGACUUGAACCAUAGGGACUGACUCUCACAAAAUAUAACAGGAAACACUGAAAACUGAACUAAGAAACCACACAGUGAAAAACAAGAAUUACAGAGACAUAAGAAUAAUUAACACAGGGGAACAGAAACAACAGGAGACAGGAACACUCGGGAAAAUACACAGAAAAUACAACUAAAUUAAGAAACCAGGAAAAAAACUAAAUGAACAAGAACCUAUCAUAAGCACAAAGCACAAAAGUUGUUAUAAAGCUUUAUAACAAGGUGAUAAUGAGCCUAAAGUGUAAAAUUACUAUAGUGACACAGCCACAACUUACAUUAAUAUAAUAAUAUUAUAAUUCAGAUCUUAUUUAUUAUUAUUUAUUAUUUAUUAGAUUAUUGAAUUCAUUUAGCCAGGACAGCCUCGUUGAGAUUAUAAAUCUCUUCCGUAAACAUAUAACCAUGUUGCUGUUCUGUUUUGAACUGAUCUGCAUUGUUGCUUGUUGAUCCUCGGUGUGAGUCAUCUUCAUGAGCCUUUUGGGGUUUCCGACCUCCCCUGCACAAUGUUUUAGUGUUUACUGCUCUUUGUUGUUUUGUUUUUAUGAUGUGCAAAUAAACUCAACUAAACUUUGAUGAGAGAGUCCUGGCUAAUAAUAGCAGCAGCACAUUCCCACAAAGUUACAACACAUAAUUUAUAAAACAGUUUCAGGUCACAUAACUGUCAUUCAAAGCAACCACAGCCUGAUGCAUCUUCCUCCAACUCCCCCUUUCUUUGGACUGACAUGAUAUGACGUGUGAGCAGUGCCAGCUUGAAUCAGCUGUGUGUAAGAUCACUCUUAGCCUGGUGUGAACAUAAAUUCUACUAACAUUAUUGGUUGUGCACCAGCUGAGGUUGUUUCAAUGUAAAUAUAAGUAACAGCUUAAAUCUUACACCUUGCUUUAAGUAGGUGGGAAGUCCUUCACAAAAAAAAUGAUUGUCAUGGCACAUGAUUAAUUACCGCCAUAUCAUAUUGAUUUGUCGUGUUUCACAAAUCUUUCUGCAUAUUUUAGUUGAGUAAAGGGAGUUAACAACUUUUAUUCAGGCAUGAGAGUCAGCUCUUAAACACACACUUCAUAAAGAAAAAAGCUUUUAUCAAAUUGGCUCCUGGAAGUGUUGACAUCACACCUGUGACAAUAUUAUGGUUAGUAUUUACACAUAUUUGGUGCUGCAGGACACAGGUUGUUCCUGGCCCUGCCUUUUAAGUGCAGUGACAGUGUUUACAUGUUUAAACACAGCACAAUAUCAACUUCAAGAGCUAAAGAACUUGUUUGAUUUUGCUAAAGCAUGUCAACAUGUCUUUUAGGGAAGAAAGGGAAACUGAAAAACAAAAUGAUAAUACCAACAGAUUGUGGGCCACUUUAAAGAUUUUUUUUAAGAUUUUGUAAAAUAUGAAAGUUGGAAUGUUACAAAAAAAAAGUCUCAACAAAAUUGAGUUGUAAUAUUUUCACAAUAUGGUAAUUUUGUCAUAAGAAUACAGUCAGAGUUUUGGAUAAGUGAGCAGCCAUUAAACUGUACUUCAUGUUUUGUCUCCUCAGUUUUGCAUUGUUGUACGUAUCUGGGCCCGUAUGCACGUUGAAAGCGUUUAGCGUGAACGCGAUUAGGGCUUAAACGCGUUUAGUUAUACGGGCCUUAAACGCGUUUAGUUCCUAUACGAUUUUGGUAUGCACAAUGCUGUAAACGGAACCGUAUAGCUAACCGCGUUUACUGUGUCUUAAACGGGUCGAGUGACGCUCGAGUGACGAUUCGACUGACUGUCGACUGAUCCACUCCUACCAACUCCCCACACACGUCUUGGAAAGAAGAAGUGGCGUAGUACCGUAAGGUUACGAGGACUUGUUGUAGUGGAGUGAGGGUGAAUCCUCGGUUCGAAAGUUCAAUUUCAGCGGAAAUCUCCUGUGUGAGGUCGAGAAUAUGGUGCCGUCGAAAUCUAAACUUACGGAACACUUCGUGGUCGUCAUACGUGUCGAAGGGGUGUUUUCUGUCACGAAAAAUCCUGUUUCGACGCAAUUGUCGCCGCUGUCUUCCUUGGAACAACAAGAGUGCCGCCGUAUUUAAACGCGUUUAGACCCGCUAUUGGACCCCCAGAGGUGCGAUAACUUUAAACGCGAAAAUCCGUAUAGGAACGGCUAUACGAAGUGACGUGCAUACCGACAUUUUUGGCGUUUAGGAGUUAAACGCGUUUAGCCCGCUAAACGCGUUUUGCCAAGCAAAGUGCAUACGGCCCCAGGACUCUAAAAGGCUGAGCAAAAGCUGAGAUGUGUGAUACCCCCCCUUCAAAACAACAUGUGGAUAAUCCUUGAUCUAAUUUAUGACAUGGUUCUUGUAAUCAAAUGACUUUAAUUUUGAGCGAUUAUAACUCCAAAAAUGUGAAAAAUCUUUAAAAUUAAAUUCUGUGGUCCUAA